AUGACCUACAAAGGCAACCAGACCGAAGCUGAUCCGCUGAUGGCUUCGGAUGUGAUCGACAUUUGCAAAGCACAAUCGAGAGGUUGAUGAAACACGACGCUUCGAAACCGAAGAAGAGCAUUCGGUAGACAUCGCCAAGAACGUCAAGUGCGCGCCCUGUGGCAAAUAACUGCCAAAGGAUAUGAUCAAGGACGUCACGGUCAAGUUCCAAGUGGCCCCGGGGCAAAAGUAAGUUUAAAAUUUGGUUUUUUUAAUUUUGGGGAGAUACAGAACUGGAGUAAGUUAUAGUAUGAGGUACGUUAAGGUGAUUUUGAAGUACAGAAAGAUAAUUGGUAGAGUAAAGUAAGGUAAUUUUAAGAUUACAGCAUUGAAAGGGUAGAUAAAACUAAAAUUAAAUUUAUUUUUACGCUUUAGUGUGGCGUCAACCUGAACCCCAAGACGAUGGUCGUGACUAAAGUGGAGAUGCAGGGUGCUGGCCUACCGAUGAUCGAGUUCGGCGACGUUCUUCAGACAUUGCAAAGCACAAAUCGACAAGCUGAAGAAACGCGAUGCUUCGAAACCCAAGAAGAGCAUGUUGAAGGAAAAGUAGGUUAAAAGGGUUGUUGACUUGAGUUAACAUGGUUUGAAACUUGAGUUCAUGUUUCAAAUUACUUUUAAAAAUUGUUAAUUUUAGUAA